AUGGCGGACGAUGAUCGUAUUGCCCAGCUAGAAGCGCAAAUCCAGAGAAUUACGGCACAGAUGCGAGAUAAUGCAAAUGAGAAUUCCAAUCCCGACCAAAACCCCCAAAACAUCACAGCUAUUUAUAGACAACCAAAAAUACCCGGUUUUUCGCGUGAAAAUCCCGAUGCUUGGUUUUUCCAGGCAGAGGUAACCCUCAAAAAUGCGGGGAUCACGAAUCAAGCCACUAAGGCAGACUUUAUCGUCGAGAAGCUCGACAUGCAAGCCCUACAAGCCGUUCAAGACAUAUUUCGCAUCAGCCCGGUGCCUGCAAAUAUUUACGAUCGCGUUAAGGAACGGUUAAUUAAUUUGUAUGGUGUCUCCUCCGCAGAGCGUCUGCGAAGGCUAAUACAGGGUCGGGUAACAUCCGAAGGGAAACCUUCCGCGAUUCUGGCCGCACUUCGAGCGCUUAAUGUCGACUGUGGCAACGAAAUUCUCAGGUCGAUAUUCCUCGAGCAAAUACCACCUAAUUGUCGCGCCAUACUUUCCAUAACGACAGAGCAGAAUCUUGAUACACUGGCGGCCAUGGCAGACAAAUACGCGGAAGCAGCGAGUCCUGCGUCGUAUUCAGUUGCGUCGGUCUCCGAAGGGGCGAACCAGCUAGAAAAUUUGACGCGCGAAAUAAAUUUAAUAUCGCAAAAACUUAGUGACCUUCAAGCUGAGUUCGCUCGCGAGCGUAAAUACAAUAAAAACAAUAACAGGGGCUCUCCGAAUAGACGCACGAAUAGCUCGGGCCGUGAGUCACGCAGAGAUACAAAGAAAUUCCCAGCGACCGUGUGCUUGGAGUUUCGCGUCGGGAAACUCGAAAGCUUCGCCUACAAGGGAGCAAUAGGUGAAGUACGCAGUUCAAAAAGGCUCCAUGUUAAGGAUCGCGUCUCCGACUUAAUAUUUUUAAUUGACACGGGGGCAGAAAUUUCUCUGCUGCCUAAGAACAAUAAAACUAAAGUGUCUGUGCCUUCGGAGAUCGGUUUGGUCGCGGCGAACAACACACCAAUCAAGGCUUAUGGUGAAGUUGAGUUAACAAUUGAUUUGGGGUUGGGCAGAGCACUCAGAUGGAAAUUCCGCAUUGCCGACGUCCCUUAUCCUAUUUUGGGCGCGGAUUUUUUAGACCAUUUUGAUUUGCUGGUGGAUAUCAGAAACAGCCGAGUGGUCUGCCCGGCCGAACAAAAAUGCACGUACGGUUUUAUAAAGGGGAUCAAUUGCUCGAGUAUUAACUCAUUAGCUUCUAGGGACGUUUCAGAUUUACUGAAGCGGUUCCCGGAAGUUAUCGGCGAAACUUCCCCGAAACCAAUAACAAAGCCUGAAGUUUUUCAUCAUAUCAUUACAAACGGACCGCCUGUUUCUGAACGUACACGUCGGCUUGAUGGUGAAAAAUACAACGCCGCGAAAAAAGAGAUCGAAAAAUUAGUAAAUGAUGGGUAUUGCCGACAUUCGAGCAGUCUUUGGGCCAGCCCAUUGCUACUUAGGAAAAAAAAGGAUGGAACCUGGCGGUUGUGCGGGGACUAUAGAAAGCUAAACAGUGCAACAGUGCCCGACAAAUACCCGUUACCUCACUUGCACGAUUUUUCUGUGGCACUACACGGAUGCACUAUUUUUACCACGCUUGACUUGUGCCGCGCUUAUCUGACUUUUGCCCAGAUGCGGAUACCCUUUGAGGUUAAAGUGUAUGCAUUACGCGAUGGUAAUCGAAACCUUUUCGGGAAACCAGAAAUUAAUAAGUUCGGUUUGAUAAAACAAGUUGAUAAAGUUGAAGAUGACUCGGUUAAAAUAGAUGAUUUACUAAGAAAAUACGACAAAAUCUUCCGCGGUCUGGGAUUAUUUAAAACCAAGUCAAAAAUAAUUCUUAAAGAAGAUGCCGUACCGUUUUCCUUGUCAGUUCCGCGAACUGUAGCAAUCCCAUUCUUGAAUAAACUAAAAAGCGAACUCGACCGUUUAGUAAAACAAAAAGUCAUUGUACCCGUGGAUUUCCCUACUGAUUGGUGUAGCCCGAUCGUCGUUGUAAAAAAGAAGGAUUCAGACGAUAUACGACUAUGUAUCGAUUUUACGCGAUUAAACAACAAUGUCAAGCGCGCGAUCCAUCCGAUACCUAAGGUAGACGUCACGUUAGCAAGACUGAAAGGGUCAAAAAUUUUUUCAAAAUUAGACGCUACCUCGGGAUAUCAUCAAUUGGAGUUAGACAAAGAGAGCCAGCCUCUUACGACAUUCAUCACCCCGUACGGACGAUAUAUGCACAUGCGAGUUCCGUUCGGGGUGAAUUGCGCUUCCGAUUAUUUUUCAAAGAAAUUCACCGAUAUCUUCGCCGACAUUCCGAAUGUGGUCUCGCAUGUCGACGACGUUUUAAUUCAUUCCGAGAACCUCGAGGAACACGCAAAAACUCUCGAGAUUGUACUUCAGCGUCUCGAAAAAUAG